CAAAACCUAAGGCAAAAAAUCAAAAUCUCCCUACAAAAAAAAAUUUAAAUACCACAACCCAAAAAUGGGAGGAGGAACUUCGCCCUGCGCCUCCUGCAAACUUCUCCGGAGACGCUGCGCAAAAGACUGCAUUUUCUCCCCUUAUUUCCCUCCCGACGAUCCUCACAAGUUCGCCAUCGUUCACAAGGUUUUUGGAGCUAGCAAUGUGAGCAAGAUGCUGCAGGAGCUCCCAUUUCAUCAAAGAGGAGAUGCAGUGAGUAGCUUAGUGUAUGAGGCUAAUGCUAGGACGAGGGACCCUGUGUACGGCUGCGUUGGGGCGAUUUCGUUUCUGCAGAAUCAAGUUUCUCAGCUGCAGAUGCAGCUAGCAGUGGCUCAAGCAGAGAUACUUUGCAUUCAGAUGCAGCAAGAGCAGCAGCAGCCGCCUCCAUUGAUGACUCAUAACAAUGAUCAUCAUAGUGGUGAAGAUGACAAGUCCUCUCUUGUUAAUUUUAGUAGCCUCCAACACUAUCUUAGCUUUGCUUCCACUAGUUCUACUAAUAAUGUGAUGCAAGAUCCUCUCAAGAGAGAGUCCCUUUGGACUUGAUUCAUGAGUAGGGAGUUAGUUAAUUAGCUAGCUAGCCAGGGUUGAUUUUGGAAAUGUAGCUUGCGCGCGACCAUCUGUGGUGUUCUUGUGUUUCUUUUCAUCAGUAUGUUGUGUUCUGAUAUGUACUCGUGAGACUGUCUUAUACAAGGCUCGGACGAAAUAGAGCGACCUAGCUAGCUAUUGUGUGUA